AUGCUACCAAAGGUGGCGACGUUUCGACCCUAUUCGGGUCUUCAUCAGGCCCAGAGACACAAGGUGGCGACGUUUCGACCCUAUUCGGGUCUUCAUCAGGCCCAGAGACACAAGGUGGCGACGUUUCGACCCUAUUCGGGUCUUCAUCAGGCCCAGAGACACAAGGUGGCGACGUUUCGACCCUAUUCGGGUCUUCAUCAGGCCCAGAGACACAAGGUGGCGACGUUUCGACCCUAUUCGGGUCUUCAUCAGGCCCAGAGACACAAGGUGGCGACGUUUCGACCCUAUUCGGGUCUUCAUCAGGCCCAGAGACACAAGGUGGCGACGUUUCGACCCUAUUCGGGUCUUCAUCAGGCCCAGAGACACAAGGUGGCGACGUUUCGACCCUAUUCGGGUCUUCAUCAGGCCCAGAGACACAAGGUGGCGACGUUUCGACCCUAUUCGGGUCUUCAUCAGGCCCAGAGACACAAGUUAUUAAUCCUUAUUUCCUUAAAGCCAUUUCCUUCCAUCCUUCCAUCAACUCAUCCUAUACCUGUCACCAUAGGUCCUCAGUGGGCAUAUUUUGGCUCUUUUGGCCUCUUCCACUGGCAUAAAUUUGGGUUGUCCAGGCAGGGUUUGGGGGACUGGGGUUUAGGUUAGAAUGGGUUAGGGGUUAGGAUUAAUUUGCCUCAAAUCGGGCUAGGGGGUUGGGAUUAGGGCCAUGUUUAGGGUUGGUUGAGGUUAGGGGCAAGCGGCAGGGCUGGGGCCUAGGAUAAUUGGGACUCCAAAUUGGGAUUAGGCUAGGGCAUAGUGGGAUGGGAUAGGCUAGACUUUGCAGUGGGGGGGAGGGAGGAGAGCCAGCCGACAGGGGCACUGGCUGGUUAGGUGAGGGGAAAAAAUACCGGGGUCCACCAAAGUGGCCCGGAAAAUGCACGGUCCAACUGCUGUGGACUGACCCACCCCCCUGUCCCCAUUAGCUUUAAGUUAUCUUAGUUUUAUUAUAGUUAGUUUCAUUAAUUUUUAGUGUAUUU